GGUUCCGUGCUGGUGAACCAGUAUACGUGUCACUCUCUCACGAGUCACUAUCCUCUCCACUUCUUCUGCUAUAACUCAUCCGCCAUAACCAAAUCUGUAACUACCGAACCAGACAUUUGAAACACAUUAAAAACCACGCCGUUUCAUUCAUCUGAAACGUUCUCUGGUGAAUUCUGAAACAAUGUCUUUGUUCGACGAAUCUUCUUUACAUGCUUACAAGCUCCUCUUCAAUGCUCUCUCUCAAAUCCCUACCUCGCACUAUCUCUUCUCUCUUCUAAUUCUCUCACUCGCUUUUCUUUACAACAUCUUGGAGUUCCACUUCUUUCAAGAUCUCUUCUCUGGCUUUCGUGGAUCCUCCGUUGCCUUGACCUUCAAUUCCUCUUGCUCCCUCUAUUACGACGUCGUUUCCAAGUGUAAAAUUCUCCACGGAAGGUAUCUGGCAACUCCUUGGCUGUCAAGUCCUCAUAUUCAGACUACUUUCCUUCAUUUCUUUGGGAGGCCUCCAAGUUUCAAUUACAGACGACAACUUUUUCAUUUACCUGAUGGUGGAAUGAUUGCCCUGGAUUGGCUGAUUGGUUCUGAUGCUUCAGGAGGUUCUUUAUACAUGAAUAAUGCUAUUUCAAAGGAUGACUCAACUCCUAUUGUGGUUGUGAUUCCUGGCUUAACUAGUGAUUCUGAUUCUGCUUAUAUAAAGCAUCUUGUGUUUUGUACGGCAAAGCGGGGAUGGAAUGUUGUUGUUACCAACCACCGAGGGUUGGGUGGUGUUUCAGUUACUUCGGAUCGCUUUUAUAAUGCUGGAUGGACAGAGGAUACGAGGGAAGUUGUUAGUUAUCUGCAUCAUGAGUAUCCUAAGGCUCCUCUAUUUGCCGUUGGAACUAGCAUUGGUGCCAACAUUCUGGUAAAAUAUCUCGGCGAGGAUGGAGAGAAGACUCCUCUAGCUGGGGCUGUAGCUAUUUGCUCUCCUUGGGACCUGCUGAUUGGUGACAGAUUUAUAUGCCGCAGGCUGUUGCAAAAACUUUAUGACAGAGCUCUCGCAAUCGGCCUUCAAGGCUAUGCACAAUUACAUGAACCUCGUUAUUCUCGCCUUGCAAAUUGGGAAGGCAUAAAAAAGUCACGUUCUAUUCGAGAUUUUGACCAUCAUGCCACCUGCCUUGUCGGAAAAUUUGAGACUGUGGAUACAUACUACAGACGAUGUAGCAGUUCUACCUAUGUUGGAAGUGUGGCAGUACCACUACUUUGUAUCAGUGCUCUUGAUGAUCCGGUCUGCACUCGAGAAGCCAUUCCUUGGGAUGAAUGCAGGGCAAACAAAAAUGUUGUUUUGGCUACUAACCGGCAUGGAGGACAUCUGGCGUUCUUUGAAGGAAUAACUGCAGCUUCUGUGUGGUGGGUAAGAGCUGCUGAUGAAUUUCUUGGUGUUCUACACUCUAGUCCAUACAUGCAUGUGCAAAAGAAGGAAUCAGGCCAUGUCCAUACAUCAUUAGAAUCCUCAAUAGAUCAAGGUCCUUAUGUUAAUGUCUCAGAAGAUGGAAUGGUGGCUGCAGUAGGCAAUGAACAAACAAGAAAUAGCAUGGUGGGAGACUUACCCGAGUCCCAGAACGUUGAUCAUAAGAUGGAUAAUGAAAUGGUUCCAGUUACCGAGCAUGACAAGCGGCUCACAGAAGCAAAGUCUGAUACUGUUCCCAGCAUUGCUCAAACAUGUGAACCACCUACAAACAUUCUGGAUGUCAAAUUUCCAGAUGUAACUGCUGCCAUUACAAGACGCUUAAACCAUCUUUCACGACAGAAUAGAAGAUCAAUAUGGUUGCUUGCGUACGUCGCUAUUAUAACAACAUGGCCAUUGCUAGGCUCAGCUCUUGGAAUUAUCUUUCGAGGGAAGCACAAAAAUGUCUUACCCGCUGUAUUUACAAGGUAGUCUAUGCUUGAAAACAUUGUUUAUUUUCUACCUGUAUUUAUUAUAGGCAAUUGCCAUGCUAAGUGUGAGAUCUUUACUGUUCUGAAGCCGCAACGAUUAUAGUAGUAUACCAGUUUAGGUAUCAACACUGUAAUAUCAAUGAAGGUUAUAGGUUAAUUGUUGAUUUCGCUUGUCCGUCUGCGUUAAACGUAAACCAUUUCUGUGUUAAUAACAAGAUUUUGUAUCCUGGUAUAAAGGGUUCAGAUGGGAAGGUAACCUAGUCGAGACCAU